CUACAACUCUUUCUAGGGAAGGGAAGUGUGGUGACUUUGAAGGAUGUGAGAGGAGUUGCAUCUGACUUUCUCAGUUUCUUCUCUGCCCUUCAUGACCAUGUCAAGACAUCCUACAGUCCUCAAAUUCAACAUGCUAUUAGCACAUUGCAGGACUUGAGGAAGACAGUGCAGAGGAUCUCAUCAGAGGAGGUUUAUGGAGAGGAGGAAAGAUGCAUGGAAAAGGAGGAUCCAAUGAAUACUGAACUACUUCCUCCCCCUCUUUCCCAUUCCCCUUCUUUGCCUUCACUCUCCCACUCAUCUCCUUCUCCCUCCUCUGCUUCUUUCCCUCUCCCCUCACCACCUUCUCCCCCUCCCCUUGAUUUUUGUGUUCCACUUCCUCCUCUGCCAUACACUCAGGAUCCUCCAUCACCAACCCUCUCAAUCCUGUCUUUCUACAAUGUACCUCAUGUGUCCCCCCUACCCAUCCAGCCUCAUACCUCUGACUUCACUGAAACCUCUCCUCUUCAUCCUGUCUACUGUGCUUUUGUCUAUAUUUAUGAACACGUGCGCAUUUUCAUUGAAAAUAUUCUGCAUGUGUUGAAGAAACGGAAUGUACCAGCUGCGGAUAUCAUGGACCCACUCCCAAGUGUAGAUGAUUGCAUUCAAUUUGCUCCAAUCCUACAGAAGUCUGUUGAGUCCCUUGUAGAACAUCUACACAAAUUCCUGACUGAAGCCAGGUCAUCAUCAGCUGAGUCUCUAGCUGAACUUAUGAAUGGGUUUUUUCCUGGCCUCGGUCUGCCAACACUAGUCCAAACUAACUAUCAUAUCGCCCCGAGUCAGCUCCUUGAGUACAUUCAAGAAUGUGACCAUUGGCAAAAACUUGAAGCAGGGGUGGAGCAAUUCAGGGAUUUCAAUGUGAUGCUCCUGGGUGCAACUUCAGAUUGAGAUUGCACAAGUGGAUAGAGUGAUAUUCAGUGCCUCAGAAAUUUGGUGCUCAUUCCUUGAUUUUCUUUCUUCUUCAAUUGUUAAUUGAAAUGAAACCCCCUAAUCUUUUUGGGUAGUUGUGCAACAAUAUUGAAAUGUAAUGUGAUGUAGUUACCUAUUAUGAAAACCUGAUAACCAGUCAAGGUUACCUGAUAGGUAUAAGAAGAAGAUCUGGUAAAAUAAGCAUAAAUGGCUUGGAAAAGCUAAUCAAUCCUGUGCACAGACAUAAUGACAGAAAUCAUCAACCUUCUGUAAGAUUUAUGACCAUAGUUCAAUUUUCUCCAAAGGUUAAACUUAGGUGCAUAUUUAAAGGAAACAGUUACCUGUACCACCUUUGUAGCCAGUAGCUGAUGAAUAAAUAUAUCAUGGUUACCAAUAAAAUAUUGUUGCAUCUCUUAGUUUUGGGGAAGUACUGUGAUGAUGCCUUUCUUCUUUCCCUCCAUCCUUCUUAAAUGUGAUAUGUCUUCCCAUCUGUGAAUCUCUCAACUCUUUUGGAAAAGUCCUUUCUGCUGGUGAGAAUUUGGAUAUUAAGGACUCCUUGUGGACUGAGGAAGAGAAUGUGCAUUCCUCAUUCUCUUGCUAUUCCAUUACCCUUGUGAAGGAAUGAGAAAAUAUUACUAGAUCCCCUCCUGUUAAAUUGCUGGAAAUGCAAUGAUGUUAAUCAUGAUUCUUAGCCCAGACU